AUGAAAUAUUUGGGGAUACCGCCUCCUCCACCGCCGGGUGAAGGAAGCGAAGAAGUGGACGCAAUUGGAUUUCCACCUCCUCCCCCACCGCCACCUGCAGCAUUUGAUGGUGAUCUGCUUGCACCACCCCCACCGCCUCCUGGAUUUGAGGAUUUGAAUGGCUUACCAAUACCUUCUCAGUUGCCGAUGGAGCCAAGUAUAGAGUCCUUGUCUGUUAGGGAUGAGAACCCGCCAGCACCGACAGGUCAAAAGAGAGAUUUUAAACAAACCUUAUCUAUUGAUGACAGUAGAAUUUCUCGGAAGGUCUUGAAGAAGAGAAAGCGUUUACAAGGGAAGGUAAAGAAGAAGAAAUUAUUUUCGCAAAAAGUAGAGCUUCCUCCGGAGCAUUUGAGGAAGAUAAUGGAUAACCAUUCCGACAUGACCUCGAAACGAUUCAACUAUGAUAAAAGAGCAUUUUUAGGAGCCUUAAAAUACAUGCCUCACGCUGUUUUAAAAUUACUAGAAAACAUGCCCCAGCCAUGGGAACAAGUAAAGGAGGUCAAAGUUCUAUACCAUGUUACAGGUGCGAUCACAUUUGUGAAUGAGACACCUAGAGUCAUAGAACCAGUCUACCUUGCACAAUGGUCUACAAUGUGGCUAGCUAUGAGGAGAGAAAAACGUGAUAGAACACAUUUUAAAAGGCUACGAUUUCCGCCAUUUGAUGAUGAUGAGCCUCCCCUUUCAUAUUCCCAAAAUAUCCAAUCUAUUGAGCCUCUUGAUGCAAUCUGUUUAGAUCUAGAUAAUUACGACGAUAAAAUGGUGAAAGAUUGGCUAUACGACUCCCGCCCAUUAGUGAGUGAAGAAAAUAGAGUCAAUGGUUCAUCAUACAAGCGUUGGUAUCUACCUCUGCAGGUAAUGGCAAAUUUACAGCGUUUAUCUACACCUUUGAAGGAUGAGAUUUCUGAUGAGAAUUACUAUCAUCUCUUUGAUAAAAAGUCGUUCUUCACCUCUAAAGCCUUAAAUACUGCUAUCCCAGGAGGCCCAAAAUUUGAACCUUUGUAUUCAAAAGAGGAGGAAGAGGAUUACAAUGACUUCAAUUCAAUUGAUCGAGUGAUAUUCAGAGUCCCAAUACGAAGUGAGUAUAAAAUUGCCUUUCCACAUGUUUAUAAUUCGCGCCCUCGUUCCGUAGAGCUCACCUGGUAUAACAAUCCAAUAUCGUGCCAAAUUGAUGGAAGCGAAAACUUUGACAUUCCGCCUUUUUUUUUUGAUCCCUCUUUAAAUCCUAUAAUAGGCAGGAGAUCGAGACAUGUUGAAAGUGCUUCCAAUGAUGGAGAGGAAAAGGAUGAAUUGUUUUCUUUACCUGACACAUUUAGCCCUUUAAUGGGCUCCGAGGAGUUGAUAUUACCGGAAACAAAGGACGCGCUACUUCUUUACACGUCACCAUUUCCGUUCAACAGAAAUACUGGUAAAACUGUGAGAGCGCAAGACGUUGCCUUGAUCAAGAAAUGGUAUCUGCAGCAUCUAGAUGAAAAUGCACCCAUAAAGACGAGAGUUUCUCAUCAAAAGCUGCUCAAAGCCCACGUUCUAAAUGAACUGAAGGUUAAAUCUUCAGGAAACAAAAGGAGAGCACAUCUACUCAAAAGUCUCCGAAACACAAAAUAUUUCCAGGAGACCACGAUAGAUUGGGUUGAAGCUGGAAUACAAGUUUGUAAACAAGGUCACAAUAUGCUAAAUCUUUUGAUUCAUCGCAAGGGCUUAACUUACUUGCAUUUGGAUUAUAACUUCAACCUGAAGCCAACGAAAACACUCACCACCAAGGAACGGAAAAAAUCACGGUUCGGUAAUGCCUUCCAUCUUAUGAGGGAGAUCCUUAAAGUCACAAAAUUGCUGGUCGAUUCACAUGUGCAAUAUAGAUUGGGCAAUAUAGAUGCUUUUCAGCUUGCAGAUGGAAUUUAUUACAUCUUGAAUCAUCUGGGGCAACUUACCGGUAUCUACAGAUAUAAAUACAAGGUCAUGCACCAGAUUCGUGCAUGUAAGGACUUAAAACAUCUGGUUUAUUUCAGAUUCAAUAAAAUCAUCGGGAAGGGACCGGGUUGUGGCUUUUGGCAGCCUGCAUGGAGGGUCUGGAUCUUUUUCAUGAGAGGCAUCAUUCCUAUACUUGAGCGAUGGUUGGGAAAUUUGCUCGUCCGUCAAUUCGAGGGCCGAUCCAACGAAAUUAUUAAAACUACAACUAAGCAAAGAGCUGAUGCGUAUUACGAUUUAGAGCUAAGAGCUUCUGUUAUGAAAGACAUACUGGAAAUGAUUCCAGAAGGAAUACGACAAAAUAAAGCAAAGACUAUUCUUCAGCAUUUGAGUGAAGCAUGGAGGUGCUGGAAAGCCAAUAUACCUUGGAAUGUUCCAGGAAUGCCUGUACCAAUCAAGAGUAUUAUUGAAAGAUACAUAAAAGCCAAAGCCGAUGGUUGGAUAUCUGCUGCACAUUAUAAUAGAGAGCGUAUAAAAAGAGGAGCUCACGUAGAGAAAACAGUGGUGAAAAAGAAUCUCGGGCGACUUACCAGGCUUUGGAUAAAAAAUGAACAGCAAAGGCAACAGCAAAUUGAAAAAAAAGGUCCAGAAAUUACACCAGACGAAGCCACCAAGAUUUUUCUUACUAUGAUAAACUGGUUGGAGUCUCGGGACUUCUCGCCCAUCCCUUUCCCACCACUGGCCUAUAAGAACGACACAAAAAUCUUAGUUCUAGCAUUGGAAAACCUUAAAGAUGUAUAUGCUUCAAAGGUGAGACUGAAUGCCAUUGAAAGGGAGGAGCUAGCGCUGAUAGAAGAAGCAUAUGAAAACCCACAUGAAACUUUAAACAGAAUAAAAAAGUAUAUUUUAACACAAAGGGUUUUCAAACCAGUCGAUUUGACGAUGGUGGACCAUUUUCAAACAGUAUCGCCUGUUUAUUCUGUGGAUCCUGUAGAGAAAAUAACAGAUGCAUAUCUAGACCAGUUUUUAUGGUACGAGGCAGACGAACGGAAGUUAUUCCCUAACUGGAUUAAACCUAGUGAUGCUGAAAUAUCGCCCCUAUUGGUGUAUAAAUGGUGCCAGGGAAUUAACAAUCUUGAAGAUGUUUGGGAUGUCUCAAAAGGUCAAUCUACUGUAAUGCUCGAAAUGAAGCUUGAAGAAAUGACUCAAAAGAUUGACUUCACUCUGUUAAACCGCCUUCUGAGAUUGAUUGUCGAUCCUAACAUAGCAGAUUACUUGACGGCCAAAAAUAACGUGGUAAUAAAUUAUAAGGAUAUGAGCCAUGUGAAUAAAUAUGGCCUCAUAAGAGGCCUCCAGUUUUCCUCGUUCAUAUUUCAAUAUUACGGCCUAGUGAUGGAUUUACUGCUGUUAGGCCUAGACCGAGCAACUGAACUGGCAGGCCCUGCGAAUGCCCCCAACGAUUUCAUGCAAUUCAAAAAUAGGGAGUCAGAAGUCAAGAGUCCGUUACGACUAUACUGCCGUUAUUUGGAUAAAGUUUAUAUUUUAUUUCAAUUUCAAGAAAAGGGGGCCGACGAGCUUACCGACGAUUAUUUGGCAGAAAACCCUGAUCCAAAUUUUGUGAAUGCCACUGGGUACAACAACAAGAGGUGCUGGCCGAGAGACUCUCGUAUGCGACUAAUGCGUCAAGAUGUCAAUCUCGGAAGAGCAGUUUUCUGGGAGGUCGAAGGUAGAGUACCGAGUUCAUUAGCUUUGGUCAAGUGGGAUGAUAGCUUUGUUUCCGUUUACAGCAAGAAUAACCCCAACUUACUUUUUACGCUUUGCGGAUUUGAAGUGCGUAUUUUGCCCAAACACAGAAUGGAUGAGGUGGUUUCGACUGGUGAGGGAGUUUGGGACCUGAUCGACGAACGUACCAAACAGCGAACGUCUAAAGCUUAUCUUCAGGUGUCUCAGUAUGAGAUAGACCAUUUUGACUCUAAAAUAAGAGGAAUUUUGAUGGCUUCUGGAUCAACCACCUUCACAAAAAUUGCAGCUAGGUGGAAUACAGCGCUAUUGUCUCUAUUCACAUACUUCAGGGAGGCAAUAGUGGCUACAGAACCAUUAUUAGACGUACUUGUCAAAUGUGAGACUAAAAUUCAGAAUAGAGUUAAAUUAGGAUUGAAUUCAAAGAUGCCCACAAGAUUCCCACCUGCUGUUUUCUAUACGCCGAAGGAGCUAGGGGGACUGGGCAUGAUCAGUGCAUCCCAUAUAUUAAUCCCUGCAUCCGACUUGACGUACUCUAAGCAAACAGAAACAGGCGUCACACAUUUUCGCGCUGGUAUGACUCACAAAGAUGAAAAGCUUAUACCAACUAUUUUUCGUUAUAUUACAACGUGGGAGAAUGAGUUCACUGACUCUCAACGGGUUUGGGCAGAAUAUGCUGCUAAACGGCAAGAGGCAAUUCAACAGAAUAGAAGAUUGGCCUUCGAGGAACUAGAGGGAUGCUGGGAUAGAGGUAUUCCUCGAAUAAGUACCCUUUUCCAAAGAGAUCGUCAUACGCUGGCUUACGAUAGAGGUCACCGUGUUCGAAGAGAAUUCAAAAGCUACUCAUUAGAAAGAAACAGCCCCUUCUGGUGGACGAAUGCUCACCACGAUGGUAAGCUUUGGAAUUUAAACGCUUACCGAACUGAUGUUAUUCAAGCCUUGGGUGGUAUCGAGACAAUUUUGGAACAUACACUUUUCAAGGGAACUGGGUUUAGCUCUUGGGAAGGCCUGUUUUGGGAAAAAGCCUCCGGGUUUGAAGACUCCAUGCAGUUCAAAAAGCUGACACACGCUCAGAGAACUGGUCUUAGUCAAAUUCCGAAUCGUCGCUUUACUUUAUGGUGGUCUCCUACUAUUAAUAGGGCAAAUGUUUAUGUCGGAUUUUUAGUUCAGUUGGAUUUAACUGGGAUUUUCUUGCAUGGUAAAAUUCCUACAUUAAAAAUAUCUCUGAUACAAAUUUUCCGAGCUCAUCUAUGGCAAAAGAUUCACGAAAGUAUUGUAUUUGAUUUGUGUCAAAUAUUAGAUGGAGAAAUUGACGUUUUGCAAAUUGACUCCGUGACUAAAGAAUCGGUUCAUCCUCGUAAGUCGUAUAAGAUGAAUUCAUCCGCUGCUGAUAUCACCAUGAAUAGUGUUAAUCAAUGGAUGGUAUCCAAACCUUCAUUGCUUCAUGAUACCAAGGAUGAGUUUAAGGCUACUUUAACUGACAGGAUGUGGUUUGAUGUCCAAUUGCGAUAUGGUGAUUAUGAUUCACAUGACAUCUCUCGUUAUGUGCGUGCCAAAUUCCUAGAUUAUGCUACCGAUAAUGUAAGCAUGUAUCCAUCGCCUACUGGGGUCAUGAUCGGUAUAGAUCUAGCCUACAACAUGUAUGACGCCUAUGGAAAUUGGUUCGAGGGGCUAAAACCGUUGGUUCAAAAUAGUAUGAGAAGGAUUAUGAAAGCAAACCCAGCGCUAUAUGUACUGCGCGAACGUAUAAGAAAGGGUCUGCAAAUUUAUCAAUCGAAUGUCCAAGAAUCCUUUUUGAACUCAUCCAACUACGCCGAAUUAUUCAAUAAUGAUGUUAAAUUGUUUGUAGACGACACUAAUGUCUAUAGAGUGACAGUCCACAAAACAUUCGAGGGAAACGUGGCUACAAAAGCGAUAAACGGAUGCAUUUUCACCCUCAAUCCAAAAUCUGGCCACUUGUUCUUGAAGAUUAUUCAUACUUCAGUGUGGGCAGGGCAAAAGAGACUGAGUCAGUUAGCUAAAUGGAAGACAGCUGAAGAGGUGAGUGCUUUAAUUAGGUCCCUCCCAAAAGAGGAGCAGCCAAAACAAGUAAUCGUCACUCGAAGAGCCAUGCUAGAUCCUUUGGAAGUUCAUAUGUUAGAUUUCCCAAAUAUAGCUAUUCGUCCAACCGAGCUGAGGUUACCUUUCUCAGCUUCGCUUGCAAUUGAGAAGCUAUCAGAUGUAGUUAUGAAAGCAACUGAACCUCAAAUGGUUUUGUUUAACAUAUAUGAUGAUUGGCUAGAACGAGUGUCAUCAUACACUGCCUUUUCAAGACUAAUCUUACUUCUAAGGGCACUGAAAACGGAUGAAGAAAAAGCAAAAAACAUCCUUUUAGGUGAUCCUACCAUCCCAAUUGAAUCCCAUCAUCUAUGGCCAUCGUUUUCUGAUGAGCAAUGGAUAGAAGUUGAAUCUAAAAUGCGUGAUUUGAUUUUGGAUUCCUACGGUAAAAAGUACAAUGUUAACAUUGCUGCUUUGACCCAAACAGAAAUAAAAGAUUUAAUAUUGGGUCAAAAUAUCAAGGCACCAUCGGUCAAGCGGCAAAAGAUGGCCGAACUAGAAGCCGCUAGAAAUGAGGCUCAAGGUGAUGCGGAGAAAACAGGUGCCUCUACUGUGAUGAAGACGAAAACAGUUAAUGCACAAGGUGAAGAAAUUGUAGUGGUGACUUCCAGUAAUUAUGAAAAUGAGUCGUUUAACACCAGAAACGAUUGGAGGAAAUGUGCGGUUUCCAAUUCGUUGUUGUAUUUACGCUUGAGAAACAUUUACGUCCAAUCUGAAGACUUCAUUGAAGAAAAGAACGUUUACGUCCUCCCAAGGAAUUUGCUCGAAAAAUUCGUCGAGAUUUCUGAUGUUAAAAUUCAGGUUGGUGCUUACAUUUAUGGCAAAUCAGCAAAGGGUCACCCACACGUUAAAGAAAUAAAAGCAAUUGCCCUGCUCCCCCAGUUGGGCAGUAGAAAAUCUGUCAAAUUAGCUCAGUUGCCGAAUGAGGAGAGCAUUGCUGCUAUUGACGGGUUAGAACUACUUGGAUGGAUCCAUACACAAAGUGAUGAUCAAAAAUUUAUGACUCUACCCGAGGUAAGUGGCCACUCCUCGAUGUUCGGACAAGUCAAUAAGGACGCUAUUGACGUUGCAAUAAACCUAUUACCGGGCUCCGUGUCACUUGCUGCUUACAAUCUAACAGAUGAAGGGUAUCAGUGGGGUGUUCAAAAUAAUGACAGUGCAGAUCUGCUUACAGAAGGUUUUGAACCAAGCUUUAGCGAGCAUGCACAACUCAUAUUAUCAGAACGUAUCAUGGGCAGUUUCUUGGUUCCUAUUACAAAUAUAUGGAACUAUCUGUUCUUUGGUGCCAGCUUCCAUUCUAAUUUGAACUGUGAAUUAAAAGUUGGAAUUCCCAUCGAGUUUUAUAAUGAGCAGCACAGAAGUAAUCAUUUUAUACAAUUCAAUGAGAUAGACGGCGAUGAGGAACUUGAAGCUGAACAACAAAGUGUUUUUAGCUGA